AACCAGGACCAGAGACAAGCCCAGAACCAGGACCAAGACCAGAACCAGCAGAAGAUACCAGACCAGCAGACAGUAUGCAGUGCGUUCGUUGUCCUGCCAUCUUUGCUCUUGUGGCAUUGGUUCUUUGCGGUCCGGGUGUUUCCUCUCAGCUCGACAGAGACCAGGACCAGAGCCAGAACCAGGACCUGGACCUGGAGCUGCGUCACCACCGGCUGCUGCAAAGAGCUCGCAGUGCCAGACUCCUGUCACAGGACUGGAGUAAACGUGCAGUGCAGGACCUGCUGGCUCAGAUGUCGCUGCCAGAGGCCGAGGCCCAGCAGGAGGCUGAGGUUGUUUCCAUGGCAACAGGAGGAAGGAUGAACUUGGAGCGGUCCGUCGACGCCCCCAACAACCUGCCCCCUCGAGAACGCAAAGCCGGCUGCAAGAACUUCUACUGGAAGGGCUUCACUUCCUGUUAAAGCCCCGCCCAGCUGAGGCCACGCCUUCACCGGACCAACUGACCAAUCCCAGAUUACCUGGCCUUCACCUGAGCGACUAGAUGGACCAAUCAGCAGCUCCCUGGCUGCAACGUACCUGAAUAAUUAAUGUAAUUAUCAAUUAAAGAGAGAAAUCAGUCAAA